GGCAUCCUCGGCGGCAUGUACGCCUCUCACACUCGCAGGCUUCGCCGCCACAGGGGAGCCCCUGCCCACGGCGGCGCCGCCAGGAAGCGCGCGCCGGCGUCGCUGCUGUGCUUCGUCGGCGCCAUCCUCCUCGUCGCGAGCUCUCGCCACAACGCGCUCCCCAAGGUGCCGUUCCUGGGCUCCUUUUGGAGGGAUUCAUCGGCACCUGGUGCUUAUUACACUCCCACGCCCAGGCCUCACCCUCACGGUGUGAAGUAUGAGCUGCACACGCUCCCUGUGGAUGCCAAGGCCGUGGCAGACGGUGACACAAUCACAGUGUAUGUUGACGCGGAUGACCAUCGUGAGCCCGGCAACGUGCCCCGUGGAGUCCGGGAAGCUGCGGCGGAGCGAACCAAGGCGCGGGCGGCCAAGAACCAUGAGAAGGCUGUCACGCUACAGAAGAUUAUAGUGGAUGCUGGAUAUAGGCAAGUUCCUGACCUGACAGGGGAACAGGUUCUCGCAAAGAAGUACCGGGUCAGGCUAAGAGGGAUUGAUGCGCCGGAGAACUCGAUGCGUUAUGGUAGAGAGGCGAAAGAGGAGCUAGUGAAGCUGGUGCAGGGAAGAACGUUAAAGAUUUCCAUAUAUGAUACUGACCGGUAUGGUCGAUUAGUUGCAGAUGUUGACUGCAAUGGGAUCUUCGUGCAGGAACACAUGUUGAAGAAAGGCCUCACAUGGCACUACUCUGCAUACGAUCAACGGCCUGAGCUCGCUGAGUGGGAGAAGCAGGCGCGGGCGAGCGGGCUGGGCCUGUGGGCACUGCCCAACCCCGAGAAGCCAUGGGAAUGGAGGAAGGAGAAGCGCAUGAGAAAAUGGUGAAUCAUCCGUGAUUCUUGCCCACAGAUCUCUAGACGACUAGACCAGAACAAUAGCUCCAAACACCGUAUAAUGUGUACUCUGAACCUCAACACUUUCAUGUUGUAACAGCAGCUGUAGAUUGAAGCCGGAAGCAUCGACUGGUGUAAGCUCCAACAGGGACCCAUUCAUUCUCUUUUCUGCAUUAGACUGUUGUCAAACCUGUAAUGGUUUCUGUAAACCAUGAUCUGAUGAUCAGUUGGUCUUAACGGAUUGAUACUGCCAUGCAGUCAAAUGUUUCCAGUCUAAAAAAAAUUAGUUACAGAAAGCCAA